AUGUUUAAUACCUUUGCAGAAAAGGUACAAGUUACCACUUCAUUGAAUGUCACGAAGUUGAUCGCCCAUGACUCUGUCGAUGAAAUCCGUGACUUUUGGACAAGGUACUCUACAAGCAACCUGAAGUUGAAAAGCUACACUUCAAAUUCAAAAACUGUCGUCAAGACGGAACUAGAUGAGUUGCUGUCGGGUGAGAAGCAAGUUUCUUCGGUGUAUGCUUUGUUCGAAACUAAAGAGCCCAAGACCAUGUGGGUAUGCGCCUUGAUUGACUCUAUUGUGGACAAUUGGUGGUAUUUUGCUUGCCGAAGUUGUAGCAGCAAGAUGAUUAAUUCGGACAAUGGCUUCAAGUGUCCCAAAUGCUCAAAAGAAGCCGGGAAGUUUAGGUACAAGAUGAACUUGCUCAUAUCGGAUGCUACUGCUAAUGAGACUUUUGUUUGUUGGGACAAAGAAUCUGAAAUCCUUAUAGGGAAACCCUGCCAUGCUUUGAGAUCUGAAUCUCUGCGCAAG